AUGAGUGUUUCUGAUGUCAAAAACACUCAGGAUGAGUAUGAGGAUGACUUUGAGAAAGACUUGGACUGGCUUAUCAGUGAGGAGGGCAAGGUUGAAGAACAGGAUCCUGAUGAUGAUGAAAUUGAAGCUCAGAUAGACAAAGAGCUUGAAGAAGAUGAUCUUAAAGAAGAUAGAAAGAAGGAAGCUAGGGAUUUGGAUGAUGAAGAAGGGGAAGAAAGGUGGCCAACACCCAUGGAGCCAUUAGAGGGUGUGUUAGAUCCCCACAGGGACAAUAAUGUAACCUCUCCAGAGUCUGAAGAUCUUGAUGAAGAGAAGAAAUACAUUUUGGGUAAGAUCCAGGAGGCUAACAGACAACUGCAGGACCAGGAAGCUCCAGUCCAAAGCCGUCGUAGACGUCUGCAGUUUAAAGACACUUUGGUGGACCUGGUGGUGCCUGCUCAGGAGUUUGACCCUCAGGAGAGCAACAGCUCCCUCUAUAGGGACUUGGAGGAGGAAGACGGAGAAGUGUCUGGGCAAAUGCAGAGACUGAAUCUCUCUCCACGAGAUGAAAGUGAGACAGGAAACUUUGAGGAUGAGCACAGAGAAGGAGCAAAGGAGGGACGGGUUUUGGUUGAAAAAGAUGGAAAGUUUGACCUGGUAAGUCUAAAGGAGGUGGAGAGUCAAGGGUUGCUUCCUCCCUUGCCAGUGUCUCAUGUCGACAAUCAACGAGGAUCCUCACGGCAAAGUGAUCCUGGUCUAUAUCUCAGCAAGAGUGCUGUCUCCUCACCAAGACUAAAUUCUACCUCACAUUUUCCUCCUGGCAUUGACUCUUUGUACAUUCCCAUACCUCCAUCGAAGCACAGGAAUAGGCCCAGUUCUGCAAGACCAUCCCAAAGAGGAACAUGGGUCCAGGGUACCAAACGCAGGGUUCAGUCGGCAAGUGGAGCACCCACACAUGCCACAUUUACACUCACACCACAGCAGAAAGAACUGUUGAUUAAACUUCAGCAGCGGAGAGAGAGGCAAGCUAAAGAGGAAGAGCAGAAGAAAAAAGAGGAAGAGGAACAGAAGCGUCAAGAGAACGAAAUAGCCUUCCAAUCGUGGCUUAUGAGGAAGAGAGAUCAACUGCAGGAUGAGAGGAGGGUGCAGAAAGCCCAGGAAAUGGAGAGAAUGAGCUUCCAGAGGGACUGUGGUGACCCAGAGGAGGCCUUUAAAAUUUGGCUUAUGAAGAAACAGGAACAGCAGCUGAAAGAGAAGCAGCUAGAGGAGAUGAAGAAACAGGAAAUGGAGAGUGGCUUUUGCCUGCACAACCGAGAGGAGAGUGAAAGGGCUUUCAGACAGUGGUUGAGACGCAAGCGUGCAGAGAAAAGUGCAGAACAGCAAGCAGCACGAGAGCGCUCCCGCAGGCUGGUGUUGGAAGAGCGUAGAGCCAGACGCAUGCAUGACCUCCUCUGCACUGUUAAUGAGAUCAAACCCUUCCGAUUCAGUGACCCCUACAGCUACCGCUACUGAGCACCUUCCACUGUACAUGUGAUUAUUGUUAUAACCUCAGAGUUCAUCCAAUUCUAACAGUCACUCUGGUUACUGCUUAAAGAGUCACCUAUCAGUAUCUGUGGUUUGCUUUGUAUAGAACUUUUCAAAGUGAACCAGAGGAUGAAAGAACAUGUGGUUGACAGGAACACAAAAAAGAGCUGAAAGAGCUCCAAUCCUUUAGUAGUCUUCAAUUCAUCCCUUUUCAAGAUGACACAGUUGCUCUGGUGGACCUUCCUGUUUCAAAGAGCUUUCAGGCACUUAAAAUAAUUGCUUCACCAAGAUGAUUUAAUGGAGUUUAUGCUGAAUCAUCAGAUUCUCAAUUUUUGUUUAGCUAGCUACCCUAUAGAUUUGCCAUGUGUCUGCUGUGGGUACCAUAAGUGUGUUAUACAACUACUGCAGGAAAUUUAAAAGUUCAUACAGCAUGAAUGGGAGCAAUGCUACAAAUCAGGAGUAUGUCCUGGGCUUUUUUACACUUUUCAGAGGUCAGUGAUCUAUAUGUGCCACAGGCAUUUUGAUUGGUCAGUCCUGAUCUGUUAUGCAGCACUCCUGUGUUUGUUGAGCAUGUGUGUCAAGAUAUUUCUAUGCUGACAUUGAUCGUAUGAUAGCUAAGUGCAAUGGGAAAUGAGAAAAGAGUGGAUUGUUUUGUUUCCCAUGCUUAUGGAAAUCAAGACAGUAAUCUAAAAUUCAAAUAGUUUUUUUUGGACCUACAAAUCCUUCAGCCAUCUUCAAAAGAAAAAAAAAAAAGCUUUUUAAAAUUAUUGUAAGAUAUACAUUUUUACUGUAGAUAUAGCUGACGUGACAUUUCAAGCAGCGACAGCCAUAUCCUGAUUCUAUACUUCACAGUAUUAUACACACACUAUAAAAAAAAGUUGAUCGAGGGAAUACAUUAAAUAUUUGUACUUUUAACAAUUCAUUUGUCACACUACAGGGCUAGUUAAGUGAAAAAAGCUAAAGAAAAGGUGAUUAAAAAUGGAGACUUCACCAGUCACAGCACCUAAAAUAUCCACUUUCCCCUACACAUUCAUAUAAAUAUAUAUAUAUUUUUACUUUUAAAGUUAGGCGCGGCGUAACAAACAGAAUGCAGGUGUCUCAAGACACGUUUUAUUUUUUUACCUGACAUGGUAUCUAAAAACGCUGUUCCUGCAUGAGACACUGAAAAAUAUGGAACGCCAGUAGAUGCAGCGCAACAGUCAAAUGAAUAAAAUAAUGUGUAAACUAUUGAAAAACAGUGCAAAUGGAUGCAAAACCACGUGUUUGAGUGGUCCUUUAACUGUCAAAUACACUUUUGUAUCUGAUUGUAUAUUUAAAAAAAA